GUAAACGGUCUGCCUUCUCCAGCUCCGACAGUUCAAAUAGUUUCAGGAGGAAUGUCUUUAUAGCAUCGUACUUGCCAGCAGCUGGCGGAGCUUCCAACAGUGUCAUUGCUCGCGCCGUUGUCGAUGCGUCUAACGCCGCCACUACGUGGAAGUACUGCGUUGCAUCCUGCGUCAUCCCUCUCAGCUGGAACUGGGCUUCCACAUGUUGAAACCACGGCCGUGGAUUAUGCUGCCAAAAGUCGGGUAGCUUCACAGUAGCGGUGUAAAUGCUAGCGUUAGCAAUAGCCAUGUUGUUAGCACCGGCGUCGUCGUUGUCAAACAUACUCGUAUUAGUUGUUCGAUCACGUCGGGGUCACCAAUGUGGGGUUAGAAAACAACGAGACAGGAGACGUGAGAGUAGACGUAGUCGAGGUAGUUUACUAGCUCCAACUUUACAUGUCAUAUAUUCGACAACGACACUGAACUCUCUGGACCGGAAGCGGAAGUGCAUUCUCUCUUAGCAUGGCGGUGUCAGAAACCACGGAGAUGGAAACGGGAUUACCGUCGUGUGCUGUUUGGAGACGCGAGAUUUCCUGAACCAACCACAGACGGUCAAGAAGCGUUACCGGGACUUGCACUGACGGACUGUGGCAUGAUCCAAUGAUAUUUGAGAUCUUUCUGAUUUAAACCAAUCAUAUCACCGCAAAUAAGAAGCGGAAAGGGAAAAUCCAGGGUAAACCGGAAGUUUACAACUCUUGCCAAAGUGGAGGUUGUUUCCCUUUUUUCCUCGAACAGAGAACAGACUCAGGUUUAAACGGAAAACAUGGUUUGCGAAAAGUGUGAGAAAAAGCUUGGGAAGGUCAUCACCCCUGACACCUGGAAAGAUGGAGCACGCAACACGACAGAGAGUGGUGGGCGCAAGCUAAAUGAGAACAAAAUGCUGACCGCCAAGAAGGCCAGGUUUGACCCUUACAGCAAGACUGGCUUUGCUACCUGCAGAAUCUGCAAGAGUUCAGUUCAUCAGUCAGGCUCACACUACUGCCAAGGCUGUGCGUACAAGAAAGGAAUCUGUUCCAUGUGUGGAAAGAAAGUCUUGGACACCAAGAAUUACAAACAGACGUCUGUGUGAGGAUGACCUACCCUGUAACACGAUGUGUGAGAGAAAGAUGGAGGCAUGGAUGGGUGAUGAGGGAGGAGUUGGGGAAUCUUUGACCAUGUCUAAUGUUUUCAGCCCUCCACCAUCCACUGCCACCCUUAAACUGUUCAUCUGUCAUUUUUAGAACAAUGGAUUUAAUCACUUAGAACUUUGAGCAGUACUCUCCAGCCUCGUGUGUGUGUGUGUGUGUGUGUGUCAUGCACACACACUUGUAUUGUGUUUUUAAUGUUUGUAGAGAUGGACUUCUCCUUCCUGUUGUAGUCUGCCACCAUUACAGCUUGCUGUCAAGAGGCAAUACACACAAGCACUGUGGUCUUCAAUAGCACCACGCACUGACAAACUUUUUUUUUAGCCCAUACUCAUCAAGUAAUGUUUUGUGUGUUUGUGUUUGUUUUUUUUUUAUUAUUAUAUUUUGUCAGUAACUUAUCAAGUGGUGAUUUUUUUUUUUUUUGGUGGACUGAAACACUAUUUGACACUCACCGGGUUUAUUUUAUCAUUGGCCCUUAAAUGGGUCUAACUUUAGCUUACGUCAUACAUCAAUAUUUGUCCUUUGUGCUCAUUGUGAUAGGCUUAGGAAGUCUGACAUAAUAUUCUAUUCAAACAGCAUGCCGCAACGCCAGGUGUAACCCGUAGUUAUGUCAGGGCCAGAGGUUAUGGUUCAGACUGUCUGAAACACUUGGCAAUAAGCGCCAUCGACAUUUAAAGGUCAUGUUCUCCCACAGACCUCAACUCCGUAUGUGCACAUACCCAUUUUAUCUCUGGGUGUUCCACUUUAUGUUUAUGUUUCCAAUGCUUUAGAUUUUCAUUCAGUUGCAGGCAAAUGGUAAUUUCUGGCUAUGGCAAAUUAGUCAGUUGUACAAGCUACUUGGACAGGUAGCCAACCUGGGUUCAGUGCUGGUUGUAAAUAUUUUGAGAGAUGGUGUUCUAGAUUUUGUAUAUACUUUGCCGUUGACAAGUAAGAUCAUUGAGUGCCCGCCCGGUGACUGUUCUCAGUAAUAAAGAUUAAGGAAAAUAGUUACUGUCUUCUAUAAAUGGUGAAGUCAGACCAGAAUCUUUACUGGUCUUGUGUUGUCAGUCAUUGACUCACCAUUAUGAAGGGUUAACAUCUCACCUGGUUUCAUUUUAUCCUCUGAAUAUACACAAUAUAAACAUGUAUCAUGUUUUGCAUUAAAAAAAAAGUUAGACUGUACAUAGAAGCCUUACCAAAACUAUUAGUUUGUCAAUAAAUACAAAGCAUGCCUCA